AUGGUUUCUAUGAUCACAUCAAUCAUUACUUUGCUGUGCCAUGAAGAAAGUUGUUUUGAAACUGGAUGUACACGAUGGCAAAGAUAAACGGAAAGCCAUGAAAGCUGUUUCUGGUCUCUCAGGUAUCGAUUCUAUUGCGAUGGACAUGAAGGACAAGAAGCUGACGGUGGUCGGAGACGUUGACCCGAUUCACGUUGUGGGCAAGUUAAGAAAACAAUGGCACACCGAGAUUUUAACGGUCGGGCCGGCCAAAGAAGAGAAAAAAGACGGCGGAGCCAAGAAAGAUGAAGGCGGCGGCGGCGGCGGAAAGAAGUCGGAAGAUGAUAAAAAGAAGGAGAGUGAUCAGAUUGCUAAGCUUGUUGAGGCUUACAAGGCCUAUAACCCUUACAUGACUAUGCCUUACCGAGUCGUAAGUGCCGAAGAAAACCCGAAUUCGUGUGUCAUCUGCUAAAUUUCCCAGACCUGUGCUGUAAAAAAAAAA